CCGUCUGAGAUCAGCUGACACGAGCACGCGGAAGAAGUAAAGCUUCAUACGGAGCGUAGAUUCAAAGUUUACUUUGGAAAUAUAAAGGAAACUUUCCAGUCUUAUGAGCAUAAAAACCAUUGUGUUAGUCCUCGUUAGAAGCUUCUUUCUUUAUGAACUGUCAUUUGACUGAAAUGGCAUACAACGAGUCAAUGGUUGUAGUGAAUGGAAGUCAGGUGUCCUGCAUUGGGCUUGAUUGGGAAGUCAUUCCUGAUUUUCUUGGGGCAAAAUAUGGAGAAUUGGCAAGAAGAUUAGACCUCAGCUUCAACCAACUGAGGUCACUGACAGGCCUGAAAGCGUUCAGCCAACUGGAAGAGCUGAUUGUGGACAACAAUCUUCUCGGAAAUGACCUCCGGUUGCCCAGGUUACCACGGCUCCAUACCCUAACGCUCAAUAAGAACCAAUUCACCGACAUCGAGGCCCUGCUGGAGCAUUUGGUGGAAGUGACGCCAGCCCUGGAAUACCUGAGCCUUUUGGGAAAUGAGGCCUGUCCCAACCAGCUGGUCAGCAUGGAUAAAGAUGAAGACGACUAUCAGAGAUACAGGUACUUUGUACUACAUAAGCUGACAAAUCUGAAGUUCCUGGACACCAGGAGAGUGACCCAGUGGGAGCGGUCAGAGGCCGAAGCACGUGGAGCUUUCAUGAAGGUGGUCAAGCCGAAAAAUGACCAAGACGCUGCCAGUGAUCUGAGGCCCGAAUCCGCAACACCGUACACCCCGCUGCCACGAGGAUCCAGAGAUGCCCGAAACCACAAAGGAGUUUUCACCAAGUGCCGUUAUGUCUACUACGGGAAGCACUCAGAGGGCAAUCGAUUCAUCCGCAAUGACCAGCUUUGACUGACAGGUGGGUCAGUGGAUAGACACGCGAGGGGGUUUUACAAAGAUAUCCUGCGCAUAUUAUUAUAAAUAUACAUGUUGCCACACACAUUUUAAGCAGCCAAACACAGCCCUCUAGUGCCGUCUGCUGAGUGUGCCUUCCCUGCCACCUCCCAUCGCUCUCGCUCCGUCUGAGCAGUGCCAUCCAGAUUGACAUGAUUGCCUUUAAGCAGCCCCGCUAUGCUGCGGUGACAGACACACACGCGGCUGAGUGCUCGUCCUGACAGCCGCGGCUCUAUGAUGGAUUGCCUGGUCCAACUGCUGCUCUCCCCAGGUCAAAGGUCCCACCUGAGGCUUCAGGCUGCCCACACGGAAGCCCAGGAUGAGCUCCUCUCAAAGUCAAAGCUAAAGUUACAGAGAAACAUCGGGGAGAAAGUGUCUCUUAUUGAUGUUUUACACUUUAAUCUGUCAUUAAAAGUAAAGCUCAUUUCAUGGUUUUGUAACCAUGUCAUUUUCCGUACAUUACUGUAGGCGUAAUGUCACUUUGAGUCAUUGGAUUCUUUUGUUCCCCCAAUUAAGAGCAAAAAUAAAAAAGGCUAAUGAAUUUAAAGAUAAAAAUUCAAAAUCAAAGAUAAAAUUUUGUUUAAAUUUAUUAGCCUUUUUAAGCUUUAAAAAUAAAAGGCAUGAUCAAGGGUUUAAUAACAUAUUUCCUGUUUAUAUAUAUA